AUGCAAGCUUUCCCUGGUAAUAAUACUGGUGAACAAGAGUGUAAAAUUUUAUUUUGCUCUGUUCACUUAAUGCGUACAUGGCUUUCAAAAAUUUAUGAAGAUAAGACUCAAAGUAUCAUAGUUGCAGCUAUACAUAAGAAGAUUGAGCUAAAAAGAACUACGUCUCACUUAAAUGAGUUAAUCAGUGUAGCUCAUAAAGUUAUUGACCUUGAUCAAAAAAAACAAAUCGACGCUGAAGAUGUAGCUUUUAAUUUCCAUAUGAAAAAAAUAUCUGUCUAUAGUAUUGAAGACGAAAUAAUUAAAGAAAUCCAUAAGUUUCCGUAUCCCAUGCAAUUAAUGCUUAUAAAAGAGGCUAAUGCAGUAAUGGAUAGAAAGUUUCAGGAAAUAUUCGAGGAAAGUAGUUUUGAAGCAUAUGAACAUCAUGAAUUAGUAAUUAUAGAG